UAUCCUUAGAGAGGAUUAGUACAAUUGAAGGAGCCAAACAUGUCCAUUAACCACCAUUCGUAUCCAAUUUGGGGAUUCUAGAGAAAAUCAAAAUUCCCAGUGACGACGAAUUUCUGCUCGCCGUUUUUCGUCUCAACGAAGAAGAAUUUGGGUAUAGUUCAUGAUUACAUCCUUCGUCUUCGCCACUUAAACUGAGGAAUAAAAAAAACAAAACCCUUUUGGAAAUGGGAGAGACAACAACAGAUUCAGAGCAUCGCAUGAUGAUGGGCUUUGCAGAUAAUCCCAUGAAGAUUGAUCCCAGAAGAGAUCGGUUCCCAUGCUGCAUCGUGUGGACGCCUCUCCCCUUCAUCUCAUGGCUGGUUCCCUUCAUCGGCCACGUGGGUAUCUGCAGAGAAGACGGUGUCAUCCUCGACUUUGCAGGACCUAAUUUCGUCUGCGUUGAUAACUUUGCAUUUGGAGCCGUCUCUCGAUACAUCCAAAUCAACAAGGAAAAGGAAUCAUCUUUUACUUCCGGUUCUCAUAUGUUCAAUGGGGAGAGCAGAUACGAGGAAGAAGAAGACACUCGUGAGAGAGAGCCAACAUGGGAUGAUGCACUGAGAAAAGGCAUACAAGAGUACCAACACCACUCGUACAACAUAUUCACUUGCAACUGUCACUCCUUUGUCGCCAACAACCUGAACCGUUUAGCGGUAAGGUCAGGCGGGUGGAACGUGGUGAAUCUCGCGGCGCUCGUGUUCCUCAAGGGACGUUGGGUGAGCAAAGCAGCGAUGGUUAAGUCUUUGUUGCCUACAGUUGUAAUCUACGCUAUAGGGAUAUUACUAGGUGGCUGGAGUUUCAUAGCUUCCUGCUCGAUCCUAGCGGUUUUGCUUACCGGUUGGUUCGUCAUGGGAACCUAUUGCUUCAAGAAACUGAUCCAGCUUUAGAUCUGGCUGGUAACAUUUUUUUUAUCGGAAUGGGACGGAUUAAGACGGUUGUAAUAUAAAAGUUUCAUCAUUUCGAUUGUUUUUCUGGUGGAUAAUGGCAAGGUCUUUUGUCACUAAUUUUAUGAUUUUUUUGUGUUAUAAAACUCAUAAAAGAUAUAAAUUGUCAGAAAAAAAAAAAAUAAUUUGAGUAAAGUGGGGAAUAUUUAUGAUUUGGGCAAAGCAGGAAAGUAGCAUAUUUGGAAGGUGUAAUUAUGGGAAACAAAAUCACGCGUCCAAUAAAGAAAAAUAUUGGUGGCAAGAUUGUGAUUUGUAGGUGAUUCUAAGGGGAUUAUACAGUAUUUGAAAAGGGAGAGCAUGCUAAGUAAUUGAAACACACAAAAGGAGGAAAGAAAUCAAGAAAUAGAACAGAUCAAGACAGAGAGACGAAAAGACAAAGAGAAAGAGACCGAAAAUGGCUGCGGAAGAAGGACAAGUGAUCGCGUGCCACACCGUCGAGUCAUGGAACGAGCAACUCCAGAAGGGAAAUGAUUCCAAAGCACUUGUGGUGGUUGAUUUCACGGCUUCUUGGUGUGGACCGUGUCGUUUCAUAGCUCCAUUCUUUGCUGAUCUGGCUAAGAAACUCCCCAAUGUGAUUUUCCUAAAGGUUGAUACUGACGAGUUGAAGUCAGUGGCAAGUGACUGGGCGAUAGAGGCGAUGCCAACCUUCAUGUUCAUGAAAGAAGGGAAGAUUGUGGACAAAGUCAUUGGAGCCAAGAAAGAUGAGCUUCAGUCCACCAUUGCCAAACACUUGGCUUAAUGAUAGCUUUCUAAACAUUUUACUAAUAUAUAUUGGGAUGUUAUAACUUUGUAAUUCCCUUUUUGUUAUGAUUCCGGUCUAGUCUCAUCUGUUAAGUUUGUGACUACUAGUGAAUUUUUAAAAUUCACAUCCGGUAAAUCUAUUGCUAUUGAUUAUAACUUAAAAGAUUUGUUAAUUUAUUUUCUUAAAAUCUUAUUUAUUUUGCA